UGCCUAAAAAAUAGGCAAGGGGUAGAUUUUUACAGGAACACUGACGAGUCCAUAGCUCAUUCGCUUGGUGCAGAGUUCUCUCUCUCUCUACUCCCGCCUCCGCCUCCGCCUCCACCUCCACCUCCACCUCCACUCUCUUCCUUCGUGAUUGGGGCUGGGAAGCGAAGGAUGAAGUGAACUGGUGGUGGAACGGACGACCGUGAUCAUCGUGAUGGAGAUGCGGCACGAGGCGGGGCUGUGGACGAGCCUGCUGGCGCUGGCGGUGCUGAUGAUCGCUGUUGGGAUCUGGACCUCCUCCCUCAAGAAGAUGCUGCCCACCUACGCAUUCGGGAUCUCCGUGAUCCUUUUGCCGGACUGGGAGUUCUUCGAUCGGGAUUUCUUCAAGUGGUUCACGCCCAUUCCUGCUCACAGAGCACCGGGCGCCAAUUGGGCUGCCGAUAAUUUCAGGCUCAAGUUCUUUCCUCUGCGGUUGGCACUGAUUACCCUAAUGUAUGGAUUUGGUCUAUACAAGUGGUGGAAGUUCCAAUUUAAAAAUAAAUCUUUCAAACAAUCCGAAUAGCUGGCGCAGAUUGACUUCAGCACUGAAUAUAUUCCUCCUUUACUUGUAAUUUUCCAUUAAUUUCUCUGAAUCACGUAGAAGUGAAUUGGAUAAUAAAUCUAACCUAUACCACAAGAGACAACACCACAAGCACUAGUUCCCUGUCCUUUGGUGGAUCUAACCAAAUUGACCUGCAAACGGGGCUCGAUUCGUAAAUUACUGCAUCAUUUUUUGUUCAACUAAUUUAGUUUAAUUAGAUUUAAUUUAAUUCACUUUAUGAAGUCAUCAUCUUAACACCUUUCCAGUUACACAGAAAGAGGAUAAAUCAUGAGGAUUUUAGAAUUUUUUAAGUUUUAACCAAACGAUCUUGCUAAAAUAGGGGACACAAAAUAAUUUAAAACAAUAUUUAUAUCCGUCGAGAAUCGAACCAUGUUACACAUCCUAUUCUAGUACCAAGUCGGUUACAUCAGCUAGGCAAAUAAUGCAUCAGAUGGGUGAGCACCCCGUGACUUUUGCAUCAUCACCUGGUCUGCAAGUCUCACCAAGUUUGUUUUCAAUUC